UUAGUUAGACGCGCACCUGACGCUGAUUAGCACGUUGGGUAGCUUCAUAUAAGUCUUUUUUUGUUUUUGUUUCUUUCUUUGAUUUAACAUAGAUCAUAAAGGAAACUAUGCCUCCUAAAAGGCGAACAUUUGUUCUCAGUGUAAUGCCAGCCACAAGCAAUUCGCCAGUCCCCAGAAAAGUAGCGAGAAAGUCUGUUCCCGUGAUCACACAUCCGGGCACGAGCAUCAUGGUGAUAGAGGCGCUCAAAGAGUUGGACUCCAGAAAGGGGGUCUCCAAAUACGCCAUCCAGAACUUCAUCAUGCUCAAGUACCCGUCCGUGGACCGCAUCCGCAUCAAUUAUUUCGUCCGCAGAGCCCUCAAGAAAGGCCUGGAGAACGGCACAUUGGUGCGGCCUGCCAACUCCACCAUCACCACGGGCAUCAUUGGCAAAUUUCGGCUUGCACCAAAGCGCAAAGAGCCUAAAGCAAAAGCGGAGAACGUGGAUCCGAAUGUGCAGAAAGCUCCAGAGGCAGCAAAGGAAGCACCAAAGAAGACCAAAGCUGGUGGCACAAAGAAGAAAGCUGCCGCAGAAGAACCAAAAUCACCAACGAAAGAUGCUGCAAAAGGUACCAAGAAGUCCAAGAAAGAUGAGGAGGCUCUCCGGUCCAAGGUGGCACCAGCAAAGAAGCCUAAAGUUAAAAAAGCUGCAGAUGAAGUAGUUGAAACUAAAGCAACUGUGAGGACCAAAGCGAAGCCCAAGGAGGUCAAGGAUGCUGCAGCCACCAAGAAGACCAAAGCAAAAAAAGGUACGGAUGAGAUUGUUGGGGAUGCUAAAGCAACUGUGAGGACCAAAGCAAAGUCCAAGGAGGUCAAGGAAGCCGCGGCUGCCGGGAAGACUAAAGCAAAACCCAAGGAAGCGAAGGUGGUAAAGGCUAAAGCUGCCAAAGAUUCUGACAAAGAACCUGUUCCAAAAGCUGCUGCUAAACAAGGGAGGAAGAAGAAUGCUGAGUGAAUGUUUUC